GGUCAGAGAUGAUUUUUCUGAGCAGCGUGUGAAGGCUCCCAUUCAAUAAAGUUCCUCCACGAACGAGAGUUCGAUGUAUCGCUAAGGCGAGCAAAAAAUAUUAAAUUUUCGAAGCAUCAAAUUUUCGAGAUGAUUUACUUCGUCGCGCUGUUUUCGCUCGCGGAGAUCGCGCGGCAACCCGUGUCGUGUUCCGUGCUCGUCGACAGAGGAAACGCGGCCGCCAAAAUAGCGUACCAUCAACGAGAUGAAAAUCCCAUGUUUGACGAGUUGCCUGAAAAUUUAGUGAGAAACGAGUCUGAACGUUUUCGGAGGGAUUUGAGGACUCCGAGCACCACGGAACCCAGUAUCAGAGCGUCUUACGAAAGAGCCGUGAAUCAAACGAUCCAGGAUUAUUAUGCUCAACGAAGAGCCGUGAUGGAACGUUAUUACGCGAGACAACGAGAGAUUAUCGACAAGUUCGGGAGGAAAACGACGACGGAAUCUCCUGCGAGCGCGUCAACGGACGCGGUCCCGAGAAAGUAUCAAAUCGUCGAGCAUGGUCCAAGUGCCACGAUCGCGAAUGCGGAGACGACCGCUCCCUUUCCUGGAUCUCUCAACGAGAGCAGAAGGAACGAUUCGAUCGCCUCUUGGGUCAACGAUCUCACGAGCGCUGAUUCGAGAAGUGACGAUGGUCAAACCGAAAAUGAUUUUCAAUCGGAAUCUUCGAACAACUUAGCCAACCGGGCCGACAGAAAAGAUAUUCCUGGCUAUUACAGACUCGGUGAAUUCAAGGGUAGUGCCGAUGAGAAAAUCGUUUACCAACACAAUCUUCGUGUAGGUCUGAAAGGCUCGUCCCAGCUGGAAGCCAAUUUCGAAGCGGUUCUCGAAGGCGCGUUUGUCAUAACCGUCAUCGAAGCCUUUCCAUACGCGAAUACGAAGGCACAUUUCUCCUGGAUUUCCGGUGGGCCUGGCAGCAAUUCGGUGAAGCUUAAACUCGUCGGCUACAAGGAUCAGGGCUUCUCUUACACCGUCAAAGUUUGGGCUGUUCCAAAAUAAUCUCAAUUGUCAGGCAUCCGGAGCACGCGGUUGAAGUCACUGGCCAACGCAAUUUUGUCACGUGACAAUUUUUCUGUGAUUCUUAGGUCUUCGGACGUUGGCAUUCAUCUCGUGCUGAUUUUAUCGUUGAAACUUUUUGUCAACGUUUUUUUUUCAAUUUUAAUAACUCAUUCAGAAGACUUAUACGCAAAAAAAUGAGAAAAAUUUAAGCUGAUUAAAUUGAUAAGAAAUGAAAUUGAUCGCUCCUUGUUCGAGAUAUAUGGAAAUGGAAAAUUUUACAGUUUCA